UUCGUUCCUCGUUCAGUCUUCUAGUUCCAACCAUGGCACCGCCAAAAGCAACUGGAAAAGCGAUGAAGAAGGCCGGCAAGGCCCAAAAGAACAUCGCCAAGACCGAUAAGAAGAAAAAGAAGAGGAGGAAGCAAUCCUACGGUAUCUACAUUUACAAAGUGUUGAAGCAGGUCCAUCCUGACACCGGUGUCUCUUCCAAGGCGAUGAGCAUCAUGAACUCGUUCGUCAACGACAUCUUCGAGAGGAUCGCCGGUGAAGCAUCACGACUCUCUCAAUACAACAAGAGGAAAACCAUCACCAGUCGGGAGAUCCAGACAGCUGUCAGGCUUCUCCUUCCCGGAGAAUUAGCGAAACACGCCGUUUCUGAAGGGACCAAGGCUGUAACCAAGUAUACCAGCGCUAAGUAAACUAAGUUUACUUCUUUCAACGGCCCUUUUCAGGGCCACCAAAAAAACUCACUAAAGUUUUAUCAAGACUGGUUGUUCUCUCGCUCUUUUUUUAUUCGCGUUUACUUCUUUCAACAGCCCUUUUCACUAAAACGAAAAGUAUUUCUAAUGAUAAAUUUAAGCCGGAAACACACUCGACGCCUUGCCACGUUUUGGUGGGGUGUG